GAUGCCUCCGAGAUUAAUGGCGGAGAGUACCCUCAGACGGGCGCGAUGCACAGCCCUGGUGGCUGGGUCUUCCGCAUCGAGAACCCGGCUACCGUCAGCUUUCUCCAGAGCGUCGGGAAACCAGGCCACCUCACGACCGUCCACGUCUCGACAGAAAUCAAGAUGGCUUCCCCUUUUGGCUUCUUCGGAGAGCUCUUCCGCUCCGAGUUCUGGGCCUCUGUUCUCUUUCUCAUCGGCGUCGCCGCGACCAUCACGGUCAUCGUUCUGCUAGGCGUUAUCCGCGACUGGUGGGCGCUGGGGGUCCUGGGCAUGCUGAUGGGCGCACGCGUGCUCAACGUGUGUGUCAUCAGGCUUCGGCAGGACAAGGACGGGUUCAAGGGCAAGAAGGAGGGCGACACCCAAGGCGAUCUGUUGAUUGUCCUCAGCCAGGAUCGCUGGGUGCGUAUGCGGGGAGGGGUUGACGACAUCAAGGAGGUCACUGCCGGGCAGUGGUUGAGAGAGCCAGAGACCGUGGAGAGCUUCGCCGUGAGUUUCGCGACUCUGCUGGUGUAUGGCUCUGCGGCACUGGCGGGGAACACUACCACUGUCGGCAGCUUGCUCCUGGCCCUUCUACUCCUGUUCUGUGCCGGCGUCCUUGGGCUGGCGAACGCCGCGACGCGUACGCUGCACAUGUUCGAUCGUGUCGUUGCCGUCUCGGAAGGCCCCAAGAAGUACGGCUGCAGGCUCGACAUGGUCAAGGACAUGAUCCAGGUGACCGACAGGGAAGAGUGGGCGUUGAAUAUGGGCCUGAUUACUCAAUCAGUGCUCAAUGACGAAGUAAGGCGCGCUUCUACGGGAACGCAAGAUAUGACACUUGUCCACCGUGGUUCUCAUAGUAGACUCCCGAUUCCAUCGAGUGGAGCACCCGAGUUGCCUCCCGGGGGCACAGAUCUAGGUAUCAACAACGGGAGCAACUUAGAGCUAGGGCUGUCUGGCAGUGGUAAGAGCGCAACCUCGAGCGCGACUGAUGUAGCGGAGUUGCCCAGAGAUAUAGUGUAAUUCUUUCCACGGAAACUGUUUGUUCUCAUCUGCACCGACUGUCGAGUACCGUGUACUGUAUCUAUACCACUCCGCAUAUAUCUGCGUGGGUAGCUAUCUAUUUGAUACCCUAGUACUUCAUUCUAGCUAUAAUCGCAAUCCAUA